CGGGCGCGGCGGGAGCGGGAUGCCGGGGCUGCGGCGGGGGUUCCAGCGAAGCCUCCUCAGCCAGCAGGCGUCGUGCAGCCCUCCUGAAGGCGGAUGCCUGAGUUGGGGAUCGGUCCCGCGUUGCUGCAGAGCUCUGACAGGCCGCUGGUAGCUGAAUUGUAUUUAUCGCCGGUUAUAAACUGUGCGAUUGCUUUCUGUCGUUUUGUCACUACGACUCCUUUUUUUCUUUUUUGUUUUCCCUCUGAGGUUCUGACUGAAUGAAAAAGACCCUCUCUACUGGGCUUUGUGUGUACAAUGGACCAAACCUAUUUGUGGGUAUCAGCACCGAGGAGCCUCAGCGUGGGAGGGAAGAGUUGCUUUCACAAGAACAUACACUGCUAUUACAGCUCGCUGUCCAUAACUCUAAUGCACGGGAAUGAGUGCAGCUGUUCUUCAGGCCAGCUAGAUUCCUUAGUGAUCCCAGAACACACCGGCUGUUAAUGCUGUUGUUGCCUCUCCAUAACCUUCCUUAUCCAGCUGGGAAGAGAAAACAGGAACUACAGAAGCAGUCCCGUGAUCUCCCUCAUUUUGCUGAGUGUUCAGCGUUCAUGUUGCUCAAUUGCGAGCAGUUCAUUUGUGACAUUGUUGCAGGUCCUGAUACUAAGAGCUGUUCAGUGUACUUAGUUUACCUAACACCAGGUUUGGAGUAAGACUGUUUUCUUCCCGGAUUUCAGAUGGCAAUUUGAAAAAAUAAUUCUGCUCCUCACCAGCACCGCUGGAAGCAAACAUCAUUCUCUGCUAUUGUUUCUCUUUCUCUCCCUCCUUAGAGAGAGCCAGUUGUGCUGAAGGGAAUGGAGCUGGGCCCUUGCACAACCAAAUGGACAGUAGAUUACCUGAGCGAAGCCGCAGGAUCUAAGGAAGUAAAGAUCCAUGUUUCUGCAGUACCACAGAUGGAUUUCCUCAAACUCUGCCUUUUGAUGUAUUUGUACGAAGGGCAGCUGAAGUCAAACACGAAGACUACUUUCUUUCUGAGGAUGCCAUAUGAUUUGAAGCCAACUGAAAUAGCUUCCAACAUCAAUGUUCUGAAGAAUGAUGAGAAGUACUAUUUGCGAUCAGUGGGUGAAGAUGUUAGGAAGGAUGUUGCAGAUAUCAGAAAACAGUUUCCUGGUUUGGCAGAAGAUGUUCAGAUUCCAGAGUAUUUUGAGAAGGAACAGUUUUUUUCUAGUGUCUUCCGCAUCAGCUCAGCAGGAUUACAGCUAUGGACCCAUUAUGAUGUAAUGGAUAACUUCUUAAUCCAAGUAACAGGAAGAAAACGAGUUGUUCUGUAUAGUCCUCGAGAUGUACCAUAUUUAUAUUUAUCAGGUACCAAAUCAGAGGUGCUAGAUAUUGAUAACCCAGACUUUGAGAAAUACCCACUUUUUGUGAAAGCCAAGCGCUAUCAAUGUUAUCUGGAAGCAGGAGACGUCUUAUUUAUUCCAGCUAUGUGGUUCCACAAUGUAAUUUCUGAGGAAUUUGGAGUGGCACUGAAUGUCUUCUGGAAACACCUUCCUGCUGAGUGCUAUGAUAAGAGUGACACUUACGGAAAUAAAGAUCCUACAGCAGCCUCUAGGGCUAUACAGAUCUUGGACAGGGCCUUGAAAACACUUGAAGAACUACCUGCAGAAUACAGGGAUUUCUAUGCUCGAAGAAUGGUGUUACGGAUCCAAGAAAAAGCCUAUACGAAUGAUUAUGGAUAAAAUAACACUUUGUAAGUCGCAGUCUCCUGUGGAAGUAGAGAACUAUGUGUUAAUACAGGAACUGUCUAUAUGUACACGAAUACUCUUUCUGUAAGGAUAAAAAGCAUUGCUGAUAAACUUUGUUAUACAUAACUGUUGACCUUGUAGGAUGUUUUCUUUUUCCUCAUGUGAUGUGCCCAAUCCCAUUUCUACAAUGAGGCACAUAUUUGCAGUGCAUGCACUUCUAAUUUUGAAAAUAUUUAUGUAUGUUCUCCUGAAAGGAAGUUUUGGUAUCUCGACAAAUCUAGCAGGAUGUAUGCUUAGAAAUAACUGCAUGUCUUCCUGAAUGCCUCCUUCUUUAUACUAAAGUUUAGGAAACCUGUAGAAAUUUAUAUGGGUUUCAAUAAAGACAUUGGUGGUAAUGAUGAUAGUUUCUCAGUCAGUCAGCCUGCGUGGAGAGCUUCUGCUCCCUCUUGUGGUGAAACUCCACAUAAUUUAGAGCAUAAUGUAAGACUGAGCUGGGAAUAGUGCAGCAGCUUGACCACAAGGUAGAUGAUGUAUCCCUUUCCAAGCUGAAUGAGACAUUAUGCAGGAAACUCUGUUGCAACCACAGUCACUGCCUCAUUGCACUUAGGCAGCACUUUCGCUUCUGCAGCUGUAAAAUACUUGCAACUAGCUUUCGCACAAAUCCAUCAAUCUACAGCAGAAAAAUCUGAAAUGAUCAUAAUGCUAGAGGAGAUACAGGAUCUGCUGGGAGCAGUAUAUGAGAAGCAUGUUACAAUAUGUAAGGAGGCUGCAGUGUAUCAUUUGCAGGUGAUAUUUUUGGCAGCCAAACAUACCUGUGCUUACAGAAGCCAUGUGGAAUGAAGGUGGACAUGUCACAGAAAGGGUUUCUAUUGCCCCUUUGAAAUCUCUGUUACUUGUGCAGUUCGGGGGAUGCAGUAUUUAUCUGACAUCCAGGUCAGUCUGUGACUUCCAGCAGUGGGGCUAUUUUCUGGAGAAUGGUAUCUUUUCAAAACCUCUUAGACUAGAUACGUAGGGCUAAUAAAGCACUGGGGAAAAAAAAAAAAAA